GCCUCCGGCAGCGCCCGGCGGGGCUCGCUCCCCACGGGAGCGCUUUGCUCGGUCGCGUUUGAGAAAGGGGAAGGGGAAAGGCAUGACACGGAUUCUCCCGGGGAAGCGGAGGAAAAUGUACAUCCCGACGACAUGUAAGUACCCGGCGGCUCUGGCCGCUCUUCCCGGACGUCUCCCGCGGGCAUGAGUCCAUGCAGAAGUUAAGUCUGCAGUUCCAGAGAAGAAAAACUGCCGACCACUCCUCGCUCCCGACCCUCCAACUCUGCCAGUCCAGCCUGGUCCUUACGAGAGAGCUCAACCCCCAGCUCCAGAUUGCAAACUGAUCCUGCAAGGACACUGCUCCCUGCCCUCUUCCCUGCCUCUGCUAUGGACACUUCUGCUUUCAGCCUCCCCACACCGGCAGUGUUGGAGGAGGGGAAUGCCUCCAGUAGCUGGGCAGGAUUCACUACCCCCAACAGUUCCUCCACUGUCAGCCCUGGUGUAGUUGUCAGCGGUGUCCUCAUCCCCGUGGUCUACCUCAUUGUCUGUGUGGUGGGGCUGGUUGGGAAUUCCCUAGUCAUUUAUGUGGUCCUACGGCACUCCGUGAGCGAGUCGGUGACCAAUGUGUACAUCUUGAACCUGGCCCUGGCUGAUGAGCUCUUCAUGCUGGGCCUGCCCUUCCUGGCUGCACAAAAUGCCCUGUCCUACUGGCCGUUUGGUUCUUUCAUGUGCCGCCUGGUGAUGGCCGUGGAUGCCAUCAACCAGUUCACCAGCAUCUUCUGCCUGACGGUGAUGAGCGUUGACCGCUACCUGGCUGUGGUCCACCCUGGCAAGUCCUCCAAAUGGAGGACAGCACGGGUGGCCAAGGCCGUGAGUGUAACCGUGUGGGUGCUGUCUUCCAUAGUGGUGCUGCCCGUGGUUGUCUUCUCAGAUGUCCCUUUAGGGAUGAGUACGUGCCACAUCCAGUGGCCAGAGCCUGCCUCAGUGUGGAGAGCUGGCUUCAUUGUCUACACUGCCACACUGGGCUUCUUUGGACCACUGCUGGUGAUUUGUCUCUGCUAUCUGCUGAUUGUAGUGAAGGUUCGCUCCUCUGGCAGGCGGGUGAGGGCUCUGUCCUCCAAGCACAAGCUUUCAGAGCGCAGAGUGACCCGCAUGGUGGUGACUGUGGUGGCUGUCUUCGUCCUUUGCUGGCUUCCCUUCUACGUCCUCAACAUAAUCAAUGUUGUGUGCCCGCUGCCAGAGGAGCCAUCCCUCUUUGGAGUCUACUUCCUUGUGGUGGUGCUGCCGUAUGCCAACAGCUGCGCCAAUCCCAUCAUCUAUGGCUUCCUCUCCUACCGCUUCAAGCAGGGCUUCCGCAGGGCCAUCUUCAGGCCGUCCCGCCGAGUCCAGAGCCAGGAGGUGCCAGCAUGCCCCCCAGAGAAGAUCGAUGAUGACGAAAGGGAAGAGGGUGAGAUCAGCAAGAUCACCAGGAAUGGAAACGACAGGCAGGAGCGCCCUCUAAGCAGUGGGGAAGGGAAAAGCAAUGAGCAAAAACCACUCCCCGAGGAGCCUGCAGGAUGCGAAAAGAGCAGCAAGUUGCAUGUCAGUUAUUUAUGAUGAAAGGAGUGGUGCAGGGGAAAGAGACAUCGGGACAUGGGAUCCCCUUCACCUGCUCUGCUUUCAAAGGCAAUGGGAGAUGAUACAAGGGAAUAAUAAAGUCCAAGAGUAGCCUUAAAUAUGAAUAGGGCUCCAUGAUCUUGUGGAAGAAGCAAAGCAUUGUUCAUGGCUUUGGAAGAGACACCUGAGGUUUG